CGGCGGUGGCCGCGAUGCGGGGGGAGGGGGGAAGAGGGCAUCUCCCUCGGAACGCGAGCAACAAAUGGCAGCGGCGGGCGGCAGCCGGGCUGCAGGACAGCGGCGGUGCCUGCUGCGCCCAGGCAUGCUUCUAAGAAGCGUAUUGACCAUGAGGAAGCCCGUGUGCUAGUAACCAGUUUUUACUAAUCCUGACGAAGAAAAUGAAGCCACGUUUCAGCUUUGCCGAUCCUUUUCCCACCCUGGCGGCUGAAUGAGAAAUGGUCGUGUGAUUAUGCUGACAGCCCAGCAUGCAUUUGGUAGACCUGUGGUUAACUCGUUCCCUCUCCAUGUGUCUGCUCUUACAAAGUUUUGUCCUCAUGAUACUGUGCUUUCAUUCUGCCAGUAUGUGCCCAAAAGGCUGCCUCUGUUCCCACUCCGGAGGUCUGAAUGUCAGCUGUAGCAAUGCAAACCUCAAGGAAAUACCCAGAGAUCUUCCUCCAGAAACAGUCUUACUUUACUUGGACUCCAAUCAGAUAACAUCUAUCCCCAACGAAAUUUUUAAGGACCUGCACCAAUUGAGAGUCCUCAAUUUAUCAAAAAAUGGGAUUGAGUUUAUCGAUGAACAUGCCUUUAAAGGGGUGGCAGAAACCUUGCAGACUCUAGAUUUGUCCGACAACCGGAUUAAAAGCGUGCACAAAAACGCUUUCAACAACCUGAAGGCCAGGGCCAGAAUUGCCAACAACCCCUGGCACUGUGACUGCACGCUGCAGCAGGUGCUGCGGAGCAUGGCCUCCAACCACGAGACGGCCAACAACGUCAUCUGCAAGACCUCUGUGCUGGACGAGCACGCAGGGAGACCCUUCCUCAACGCUGCCAACGACGCCGACCUCUGCAACCUGCCUAAAAAGACUACUGACUACGCCAUGCUGGUCACCAUGUUUGGCUGGUUCACCAUGGUGAUCUCCUACGUGGUUUAUUACGUCCGACAGAACCAGGAGGAUGCAAGGAGGCACCUUGAGUACUUGAAAUCCCUGCCAAGCAGGCAAAAGAAACCAGAUGAAGCUGAUGACAUUAGCACUGUGGUAUAGUAUUCUGAAUAAAAUGACCGCCUUUGUGGUGGAAACUAGAGUUGGAUGACGCUAAAACCAGAGGUUUACUUCUAACGUUCAUUGUAAACAUUAAGACUUUUGGGGCUUUUUUUUUUUUUCCUGUUUAACUGAAUUAUGCCACUGUUGAGCUUUCUAACAGAAAGUUUUGUCUGGGUGGUAAACUUCAAUUAUUUCUCUGGUGGUAUCCUAAAGCAAGCAAAUUAAUAUGUAAACAUUAGUUUAGACCCAUUCCACUAUUUAAUAACGAAAUUUAUUUUUUUAAUUUAAAAACCAAAUAAAAGCUUAAAUUUGAACCAUGUAAAGCAGAGUAAUUUAUUGAUCAGAAGCAUGUCCAGUGCCACAGCACUCUUGGCUUGUUCAGUGCCCAUGAGGUAGAAGAGAGGAGCGAUGAUGAAGUGGGAUGUGAGAGGUUCGGGACUGGAGAGUCCCCAAAGGGCACGUCUCACCCGUGGGUGCAAGGUGUGCAGCUGGUGAAUAGUGGCCCAUUUUGUGGGCUGCCUGCCACGGUGGGAAAGGGGCACAGUGUGGACAGAGCAGAGUGCCCUGACUCUGAGUGUAAGGGACUGAUGCUUGCUUAACCUCUCGGAGGGCAUUUUGGCAGUGCUGGGGAGGAGGCAACCUCGAGGAGCUGCACCUCAGGACAUCAAAGAGAGGUGCUGGAUUGAGCUCCACCGAGAACCAGCUUUUCCACACAAAUUGAGAAGAUGCCUGAGCUGCGUGGGCCGCCUGAAUUCAGGGAGAGUGAGCAGAUGGCACCCCUCGCUGCAGGCCUGCUGAUGCUGUUCCUGAUGAACUUGGUUUGAAACACUAGUUCUCAUCCCUUGUGGAAAACCACAGUGGUUCAUGACACAUGGACCUCAGCUGUUCCAGCUUCCUGUUCCCAUACAUGUGUGUGUGUUUGUGCACUUGUGUGGGUACAGCAACAUUUGACUCAGCUAGGUCUUGCUGGUGGGAGAGCAGAACUUCUGUGCUGGACUCACUGUGUGAGUUACUGUGUAUACAGAUGAUAAUACUGGAUGGCAACAAUAUCCCUGGGAAGCUCUCUGCACACUUGUUGGAGAGUGGGUGGGAGAGGGUCAGAGGGUGCUUGCCAUAAUCAUGUGCUAUUGCAGUAUUCAUAUAAGUGGUUUGUGUUUAUUCUGUUUUCUCUUUUCUUACUGGUUUAAUACUGGAGCCUCUUCUGUAAAAACGAAGGAGUAAUUAAAUCAUUACUUAUCAGUAAUGCCAUAAUGUUUCUGCCAUAAUGAAGAAGCGCUUAAUUACUGUAUGUUACCUGUCACAUCAGAGCCUGUCACAUUGCUUUUCUCAGGGAGAUUCCCCAGGGAAGGAGUCAGCCACGUUCUUGGUACAUCCCUGCCUGACUGCAGGGCACACAACUGAGCAAAACACCUUGUUCACCUGGCAGCUGCACUCAGGGGGGUUCUCUGUGUCUGUCAGAGGUAAACUAUCUACUCAUCUCUCAAACGUGUGUUUUCACAUGUAAACUUCAUUUCUUGUUGGAGCAAAGAUGUCAUUCAGAGGAGAUAGGUGAAGAUUGAUAAGAAUCUGCAAGUUAUUCUCCCAGGGAGAAAAGAGUGGCUGGCGUGGAUGAAGCAGAACUUGAUUUGAGGCAAGGGGUUACAGGAGUGCCUGGAAAAGUCAAUAAAACCCAGAAAUUGGGUGAGCUGUAUAUGGGGGAAGCCCUGAACUCUCUGCAGAGAAUGGAUGAAUAGGAGGGAGAAGCUGAGGUAAGAUGCCUACCUGGACAGGAUACUCUGCAUGGAGACAGGCAUUUAUUCAGGCGGGUGCUGGGGAGAGGGGGGCAGAUGCAGGGAAUUCCCCUGUUGAGUUGCCCCAGCCCUUGCUGACACUAUGACUUGUUUUCCACCUCCCAUAACACCAUUGAUCCUGCUGUCUGCUCCAGAAAGGCUGCGUGGGGGCAGAGCUGAGCUAGGAGAGGUAUUAGGAGGUUUAUGCUUCUGAUGGUCAGUCAUCCAGUCCCACCUGGGCUGGCCAGAGUGUUUCUUCCUGGACAGCUGGAGCUCCUGAAACCUGGCUUGGUGGAAGGCAUCCCACCGCUGGCGCUGCUCCUGCUGCGAGGCUGUUUCCCACUGAGUGGUGUGGGGGAGAAAAGGUUCCAGCCUCUCUGGUGGCUGCUGGGUUGAUCUGCCUCUCUCAUAUUGCUACCCCACAGCUUUGCUCUUCAAGCUGAUCCUUGGCUCUUCCCUGUCCUUCAUCAAGGGCUGAGGAGGAAAGAUAUUUUUUCUUUCUAGGAGGUGAAUCAUAAAUAAUGUCCGUGCUCUGCUUUCCCGCUGAAAGGUUUUUAAACCAGCUGCAUGUGCCCUUUGAAACACAGGGAAAAUGUAGUGUAUAUAAUGAAGUUAUCCCUUGUAUGCUUCUGUCUGCUUUGGAUGUAUUUUUAAAAAAAUUUAAGCUGGGACACCACCUACCCUGCUGUAAUGUCUUCCUGGGUGACAUCCAAAAGUGUAGAGGGUCAGAUCCUUACCUGCAGUAGAUUAAUGUAAUUCCAUUAAAAUCAAAGGAGCAAGUCUCAUUUAUCACAGUAAAGGUCCUCUUGCAGAAAGUAUUUUUAACUGCCAGCAUCUUCACUGAACAUGAGGGAAAGAAAUCCAUGGUAAUUUGGGGGGAAUAUUUAGCCAGUCUACUUUAAAGGUUCUCCUAUUUCCCUAAGUUGUGCUUAGGGAUUCCUAUCAGAGAAAAAGAUGCUGAUAAAGGGGAUGGUUUAGCACAAGUUUAAUUCAACAUUGACUUAAGCUGUCAGGGCUAAGUAGAUCAAGAAGAAUAGCACUCAAAUUAUGACAGCUUCAAGGCUUUGUAGAUAAGAGAAUCUGAUUUUAAUUAGGAUCUUCACUGAAUUUUGAAAAGAUCAUAUUGUUUCAUCAGUGUAUAGAAGGACAAGAAGCAACAUGAACUCUUCCACCUUAAAAGUGGGGGCAAACCUGUCUUUUGUUUUAGCCCAAAGCCUGUGAAGGUCAAUAUAACUUCUGUUCUUUUUCCUGGAAUUAUGUGGUACAAUAUUAUUGUUUCAAAUCUAUUACUAUACUGAAAAUGUUGUUGCUAUACUGCAAGGGCAGUAAAGCAGACUUUACUAAAAGCAAAAUUUUUCUUCAGCUGACUGAAGACAUGUCUCCCUCCCAGUUUAGAGGUAUCUCCCUUACUCAACAAGAUUUUUAAAAAAAUUAAGUUACUUUAAAAAUAUUAGUCUCAGGCUUUGUCUUAAGUUAAAAACUUUUAAAUCAGAGGUUUAUUAAGGUUAGUGUUUAUCAUGCUAAGAUUACGUCACUUGCUCCUAUGAGGAGUAUGUGGAUAAAUAGUUUACAAGCAGGCAUCCUGCAUUUAAAAAACCAUGUUUUGCAGAUUUAUGCAACUAAUUUUAGAUAUAGUGACUGUCUCUACCUAAGAUCCUGAUCACUGUCAAGGAAAUGAGAAUUUCUCAGGUCUAUUAUCAUCCUUAAUUCCAUUAAAUGUGCUCAAGCACCAUGAAUGUAAACCCUUGUUGUCUGUUGCCAGCCUCUUCUAGGACCUCAUCAUUCUUAGCUGGGAACAGAUCGGAGGCUGGUCUUGCUGGGGUGCUUGAUAUCAAAAAAGACUGAGAAACUCAUGUUGAAAUAGAGGAAAAUUGUUCAAUUUUUAAACAAAUAUACCGGGGUGAAGCUCACCUUUGGAGGAAAGAAUCUGUGGAGCAUGAUGGGAAAGGUGUUCAGAAAAUAGAUGGUUCACUUUUAUUGUUUCCCUUUCUUCUUUUUCACUUUUGAAAAUGAAGUCCUGCAAAAUUUUACAGUGAUUGGAGAAAUAGAAAAUAGUGAAUUGGCUACAGCCAAAUGAGAGGAUGUUUAAUAAGAGAAAGGAAAGGGGUUUUUUUUUAAGUCAGAUUGUAUUAGACUCUGCUAGUUUUUUUUUUUCCAGUGGCUAAUUAACUUCAGAUAAAAGAGAUUGUAAAGUCUUUAAUAUCAAUUUCAGUUCUUCAUGAAGAUGCAAGAACUCGAACAUCCUUGAUGCAUCCUUUAUUAAGCCAUGGAAAGUGUGAAAGACUAAACUCUUGAUCUUUCAAAUUGAUCUAAGGCAGACGAAAAUCAAGAAGGUUUUAGCUUUAUUCCCUUCAUCUGUCCUUGACCCAGCAGCUGUAAUUUAGCCAUCAAAUUGAUGGGGAAGACAAACUUCAUACAAAAUAUGUAUCUUCUCUCAUGUCAGCUACAAUGGAAGGAAUAUUUGGUGUAGAGGUUUUAAUUUCUUUUAAUUUCCCAAAGUUUCAAACUGAUCUGUGCAGCUCUAAGUAUACAGAAACUUAAAACCAAAUUUGCAGAACCUCAAGCAAAAGUCUGAUUGAGUUUAUAAAUCUGGCCUUGAUGAGAAGACUUAAGGCUGGAGUAUUCAGAUUGUUUUGGAAGUCAAGGUGAUUAAAUUUUUCUCUUAAAUAAGAAGACAUCUUUUAGCAUCUUCUUGAUGAAGACUCUAAGAUUGGAAGUGCCUGUUUAGGAAGAUGGUAAAAUCCAGAAAUCAAAGCAUCUUUCUUUAAUAAAAAUAAUUCUUCAUUUCAAAAGUGCAGAGCAGCCUGGGAGAAUGAAGACAAGCCCAGGACCCCUUCUUUUUGUGCUGAGCUGUGAUGCUCUCAGAUGCUGAGUGAGGGUCUGUGGGGAUAUUGCUACCAGUGGGGUGAGAAUUGAUCAGAAGGGAGUUACUCUUUCUGGCUCUGCCUGGGGUGAGAGCAGGGUGUGGCUUUGCCAGUUUGGUGGGUUGUCAGCCUGGUCGUCAGCAGGAGUUUGCACUGCUCCUGCCUGCACCUUCCCCACCAUGCAUGGGACUGCUGUGGGGCUCACCCAGAUCAUCUCCCAUCUGGCCUGCCAGGUGUGGGGGUGUUUGUGGCAAGAGUUUCUUCCCUUUCCACUUUGAUUUUUUCCUUCCUGUCAGUCACUGAAGGGAAGAUUCCGUCCUCUGUGUCAGUGCAGAACAAUGGCAUACCCCAGCAGGGCCUAAGGGCUGGGGAGUAAUCUGCAGAUAUAUCCAACUCCAAGCCCUGCAGAACAGUUUGUCUUCCCCACUCGUGAUUCCUGUAAUGGGAGGAAGUGUGUUUAGAUAAGGAGUCUCACAUUUGAGAGGUCUGUUUUCUACGGGCAAUGUGCUGUCUGUAUCUUUUGCACACAGGGCAAGAGAGGCUCUGGCAUUGCAAGAGCAAAGCCUAAAGAGCUCCUCAAAAACACAUGCAGCUUACUAGUAACCACUUCUAAAGAGAGGACAUUGCUUUUAUGUCCUGUUUUCUAAGACUGUUGCCAGAGGAAAACUGCGUUUACUUCAGUGUCCUGAAGGGGACACUGAGGAUGAAGGGGCUCAGAGUAUCCAAAUUCUUGGUUACUGAUUAGAACUAAAGGUCUUGGUAUCAGAUAUCGUAUCCUAAUGGAGUAUUAAUUAAUCAGCUGGCUGGGAAAGUCUGGCUUUAGAAAUAUGUAACAUAACUGAAGUGCUUCCACUUUUGCUCAUCAAAUUCAGCAUGAAGAUCAAUUUGUGCAUCUGCAGCCUCUUCAAAAGUAGCUGACAACAGAAUGGCUUGUUUGUUCAGAGACAAACUUCUGUGGCUUGUUACAUGAUAUGGAGUAUCUGAGUUCACCUUCCUGUCUUGUAUUUACUGUUAUCCUAGGAAAAGGGGUUGGGGAAACAACAGGAAACCUUGAGACAGACUGGGAUAAAAAAAAAAUAUACUCUGUGACAGAACUUUAUGAUGGAAUAAACUGUGUUUUAUGUUAUCCCCUUAUACACCCAGCUGUCUAAACUCUUUUCACUCACCUGAGACCUGUCAGUGUUGGGAACAUCUGCUAAGAUGUUCCACUGCUGCUGAUGGGUUUGACAUUCAGUAAACACUUGCAAAAUUUUAUAUAAAGAGGGAUGCAAUAUGUUUUUCCUGAUCAUCCCUAUUUACCAUUAAAGAACACUAAAGUUCACUGAAGGUUUUCCAGCUGGCUGGUUUUGAAUUGAAUUGUUAUUGCUCUUAAGUCCUCAAGCACGUUUGCACUUGCUCUCCCUUGCUUAAUGUACUUGUUAUAAAAGUAAAAGGUACUGUCUUUUCUUAGACUUGUGAAUAUAGCUGAGAAAAAGGAGGGGGACCCAAUAGACAAGAUCUUUCAAACAGCAGAAACUGAAAAAUUUCUUGCAUGUUUUUUUUUUCUCCCAAUUAUGUCAGUUGGCUACGAAAACAUGUCAACUUCUCCCAUGUAUCUUGCCAGAGGCCUUAUGACAGCUAAAACAAUGCUGUUGCUGUUUAAAUGAAUACAGUGUUUUCAACUUUUGAGAGCAAAUAUAGUAUUCAUAAUCCCACUAAUAUUGAUAUUCAUAGAAGAGACUACUGGUUUACCAAUCAACUGCUUAUUUUACAAGUCUGUCUCAAAACAGCCCCAACACCACUGUCCACUUUUCAAUAUAAUCGUGUUCCAGCCCACUGACAACACUUAAGACAGAGUUUUCUGGCAAAUUGGAGAAAACAUGACCAGGUAAAUAUGGAAUAAAUGGGAAGUCAAACAAUCUAAAUGUAAUGAUUUUCACUAGAUGAUCAGAAAGAGUUUGCCUAUUUCUAAACAGAAUUUGGACAGAUUUGCUAAUCACAUCUGUCAUUGCUGCAGACUUGGUCUGCAAUAAUUUGUGUUACUGUGCAUCCCCAGACACGCUUGUCUCUGCUGGGACAGUAUAAUCACCCAGUGAGGCUUCCUUAGCAUUUCAGUGCCACUGCACCAUCCUAGGCACUUUUCUCAUGACCAUGUGCAAGGCUAAAGUCAGAAUUUCCAGUGCACAGAAGGCAGAGUAUAGUCAUGUCCAUAAAGCACAGGUUCACUCCAAAAAAGACCUGAACAAAAUCUACAUUAAUAGAAUGUAAUAGAAGUGGUGACACAGUGUGUGACCAGUUGCACGGUUUCUGAUACUUCUAAAGUGAUUAAGUAUAAAUAAUCAAACCAUGAAAACAUUUUUGCUGCUCGACAGGCGUCUUGGCACCAUGGUGUCAGCUUUGCAGGGACAGCCAGUGACACAUUAGUUGGAGGAUAAGGUAAUGGGUUCACAGAGCACAUCAGCAACAGAUCAGUAUGCCAAGCAAAACAGAACUAAUGGAAAAAGAAUCUUCAGGACAUUUCUGCACAGAAGAAGCCAAGGGGAAAAUCUUAAGAGAACAAGAAGAGCUAUAUUAUCCUACUAAACUGUGUUUUGUGAUGUUGCAGCACGGAAUUGAAGUUGGUGCCAAUUCUUGUCUCUUAGACAAGAAUUUCUGAGCAUUUGAGAAGAGUUGGCUCAAACUGAUGUGGAAGAGUUGCCUUCUUUUCUUUUUGAGAAAUUCUUGUUGUUUUGCAAACAGGUCCAAGUAGUGUUUAAAUUUUCCUGGGCUUUUUUUUGGGUUUUUUGUUAUUCCUCAGUUUCAAAUAAAGUGUCUUAAUUUACUACUCCAUAGAAAAAUUAUAUUUUAACCUUGAGGCAUAUAUACUGGUUUUAUUUCAUGUUGGCCUAUUCAGCUGCAAAGCAAGUAGUGUGAAUCAAAGCUGUUGGUUUAGAUAAUUUGUUGGCUUCCAUUUAAAGCCAAUAACCCUAACACUUCCAUAACACUUCGUGACUGCGCUAGUUCUCAAAGAAAUAACACACACAUGCGGCUUUCAUUGAUCUUUGGGAAGGCUGGAGUGCCAUUCUGUUAGCAUUUUAAAAGCUAUUAAAACUUUCAAUUAAACAGUGU